AGGCAUUGCAAUCUCUUACCCAUACCAUCCCUUGACUUCAGUCUUCUCCCUUGACUGAGGCAGCUCUUCACUUUCAUUUUCUUUCAAAAUUUCUUUUGUUUUAGCAUUCUUCUUUUGCUUUAGUACUUGAACUUCCUCUAUCAUCCACCUUUUCCAUUCAUUCCCAUAUCCAAUUCUUCCAAGACUUUGCAGGAGUCACCUUGUCUAUAGUACCAAAUUAUCAUUUAUAUUUCCAUCCAGGAAAAUGGCUUCGAGCUACUUCUCAUCAUCUUCUCAUGGUUCUAGCUCGAACUGGACACCCAAGCAAAACAAGCUGUUCGAAAAGGCCUUAGCUGUAUAUGAUAAGGACACCCCAGACCGCUGGCACAAUGUGGCCAAGGCUGUUGGCGGCAAAUCUCCUGAAGAAGUAAAGAGACACUAUGAUCGCCUUGUGGAAGAUCUCAUGUAUAUAGAAUCUGGGCAAGCCCCACUACCUAACUACAGGGCCACGGGAAGCAAUGGAAGAGGAAUUGGCGAAGAGCAGAGGUAGAGUAUAUACUGGCUUCUGAAGAAUCUAAGGAUCUAGAGAAGCAUAGAGAUAUUGUAAAAAAAAAAGAAAGAAAGAAAGAAAGAAUAUAUGCACAACAGCACAAGUAUUAAAAAGAAGUGAAUCGACUGUCACUGCAUCUGGCCAUGUCCUUCUUGACUCGGGCUUCUAUGUAAUUAAUACAUCAGUAUAAUAAUGAGCACGACAAGAACGAAUCAUGCAUGUGUGAUUCUGCUCUUCUUAAGCUUGUGUCUACUGUAACUGUGUUUAAUUUCUAAUCCUAUAAAAUACUAUUGUUUGUGUGCUCUUAA